AUGGCAGAAGGUCUGAUACUUGUCGUGCUUUCGAAAAUCGGAGCUACCUUUGGAGGAGUUGCACUGAAUGCAAUUAGGUUGAAAUUGGGGAAGGAAGGCAACAUUUUACUUGAAACAGAAAACAGGAUGAAACAAAUUGAGAUUGAAUUUGAGAUCAUGCAGGCCUUCAUAAGUCAAGUAGAUCCAUAUAGUGAAAAUAACCAAAUUCUCAAAGCAUGGCUGAAGCACAUAAGGAAGAUUGCCUCUGAAGUUGAGGAUAUCAUCGACGAAUAUUCAUUUCUCCUUGGAAAAAUGGACAAUGCAGAAGGUCUUCUGAAUAAGGCACUCCAUCGAUCAAGGAGGGUGAAGGCAUGGAAAGAUAUUUCUGCUCAGCUCAAACAAGUACAAGAAAGACUUCAAAAUCUAUCAACUGUGAAAGAAAGAUACGGCAUAACAGUAGCUGCUGGACUUGGGGGUGGAUCUUCACGCCACAAUGUUACUCGUAAGAUGUACAUGUCUGAUUCUUCCUACUUAAAUGAUAAUGACAAUGAAGAAAUCAUAGGAAAUGAAGAUGAAGCAAAAAAGUUGACACAAUGCAUAGAUGAUGAUGGUUUGGAUCGUACAAUUAUCUCCGUCUGUGGAAUGGGUGGUUCCGGCAAAACAACUCUUGUAAGCAGCAUCUAUAGGAAACAAAAAAUCAGAAAGAACUUCGAUUGCUAUGCUUGGAUCACGGUAUCACCAAAUUAUCCCGUUGAAGAUCUUCUAAGUAAACUGAUCAACCAACUUUGUAUCCCUGAUGAGCUAGCUGGUACAACUGAUCCAACAGAUUUGGUGGAUAAAAUCCACAGUUACCUCGGGAACAAGAGAUACCUUGUUGUCUUGGAUGACAUGUGGAAUAGAGAUUCUUGGUUAUUCCUUGAACGAGCAUUUGUCAAGAAUAAGUGCAGAAGUAGAGUCAUCAUUACUACUCGCACGGAAGCUGUUGCCUCAUUUGCAGAGGAUAACCAGACUAUCAGAAUUGGUCUUCUUCCACAAAGAGAAUCAUGGGACCUCUUCAGCAGAAAAGCAUUCUCAAGGCAAAACAGGGCAACAUCGGGAUGCCCUCAAGGUCUUGUUCCCUGGGCAGAAAAAAUUCUGGAGAGAUGCCAAGGCUUGCCCCUCGCUAUAGUAGCUAUAGGGAGUCUCCUAUCUUACAGAGAAAUGGAGGAACAUGAGUGGAAGCUAUUCUACAAUCAACUUAACUGGCAACUAACAAAUAAUCCAGAGCUGAACUGGGUUUCAAGUUUCCUGAAGCUAAGCUUGGAUGAUCUUCCAAGCCACUUGAGGAACUGUUUCUUGUACUGUGGGUUAUUCCCCGAAAAUUACCCAAUACGACGGAAAUGGAUAAUCAGAUUGUGGGUAGCUGAAGGUUUCGUCGAGGAUCGCGGAACAGAGACGACUCUGGAGGAAGUCGCCGAGGAUUACCUCAAAGAACUUGCUCAGCGCUCACUGAUUCAAGUGACGGAAAGGAAUGAGUACGGAAGGCCAAAAAGAUUUCAGGUGCAUGAUCUUGUGAGAGAAAUGACGCUGACCAUAUCAAGAAAAGAGAGGUUCGCUCUUAUCUGGAAUAACCCAGACGUGACAGACGGCGGCGACGAAGCAAGCCGUGUAUCAGUGCAUUGCGGAGGCCAGGUCUUUCAGCCAGGCCCAGCUUCACAACAUCUGCGCUCGUUUUUGUUGUUCGACAGGCAUGUGCCGGUUCCAUGGAUCUGCGCUGCUUCAUCGAAUUUCAGGCUGCUAAGGGUGUUGUGCCUCAGAUACUCCCUCCUCGAGCACAUCCCAGAUGCCAUUACAACUGGUCUGUUCAAUCUGCACUACCUUGAUUUCUCGCGUACGAAAGUGAAGACGAUACCAAGAUCAAUAGCGAGGCUCAAGAAACUGCAGUCGUUGCACCUCCGGUUUGCUCGUGUGAUGGAGCUGCCACGUGAAAUAGCGAUGCUCUCAAGCCUCCGGCACUUGUCUGUGAGCAACGAUUUGUACGGCACAUCAGUCACUGGUAGCAUCUGCAAGCUCAAGCACUUGCAAACUCUCCGAGAGGUGAAGGCCAACAAAGAUUUGGUUCAGAAUCUGGGGUGCCUCACGCAGCUAAGAAGCCUGGGCAUCACGGCAGUCCUUCCAAGCUACGGCGGGGACCUGUGGACUUCGAUAGGGAAGAUGACCGUCCUGACGAAACUGGCGGUCGGAACUCGCGGCGAAAACGACGAAGUCCACAGUUUGGACAAGUUCAAGCCGCUCAGAAACCUGGAGAAGUUUUACCUGACGGGCAAGCUGGAGAAAGGGGUGCUUUUUCCGGAGUCCGAGGGGUUUGACAGGCUCAAGGUCCUGACAAUGCGCUGGUCCGGGCUGGCGCAGGACCCGCUCAAAUCCUUGUCUGAAAUGGGGAACCUAGUUUACCUCAACCUCUAUUGUGCGUAUGACGGGGAGUCCCUGGCGUUCUGUUCUGGAUGGUUUCCCAAGCUAAAGCGGCUGUUCCUAGGGAAGCUGGACAAUCUGAGUUCAGUUGAGAUAAGCGAUGGCUCCAUGACCAACUUGACAUACCUAGAACUUCGUGAGCUCUGGAGACUGGAAGCCGUGCCUGAAGGCCUCGGGUACCUUAGGUCGCUUCAGCACCUGUAUGCGCGGAACAUGCCGAGGGACUUCGCCGCGCAGCUGGAAGGAGGCCGCAAGGGAUCUGUUCAGCAUAUUGCCAACAUCGAAUGCCAGGCAGAUGUAUUUGCAGAUUCUGCUUCACUGGCAUUUGGAGGCCAUAUGAUACGAGCGCAUGAAUCUGGUCAUAUUUCUUCGCAUUUCGCAGUUGGUGCUGGAAAUGCUGGUGCUAUGGUUUCAAGAGAUGGUUUCAGAGACCCCAGCACCGGUGUACGGAGAGCUGUUAAGGGAUUGGCGUCCACACGCUGGCCAGUGACAAUUAACUGGCUGAAAAGCCUUCAGAAACAGUGGUCAGCUGGGCCAUUAGUGUCUCAGUAA